AUGGGCGCAGGUCGCGGUAACGUUCCUCCUCCUCCUCCUCCUCCUCCCCAAGUGCCCGGCGCACCCCGACCUCCACUUCCCGCGGCUUCACAGCCUUCAAGCUCCUCGUGGACCCCUUCUAUAUCCUCCGAGAGUCUCGGCAUUGGUAUCGAGACAGAGUUCCUCAUUCAGGCGCGUGAGCUACGUCCUGAGUCCGAAACUCGCAAGCUGUUCGCGAGAAACAUGAGCAGAGAAUAUAAUAGGCGAGACGAAAUCUCAAAGGGAGUUGGGCCAAGCAUGGAGAGUCUCAUCGAGAAUCUGAACAACCUGGGUAAAGAGACUCACAUGACUUGGCGUCUGGUACAUGACCCAACUGUUGAGACGCAAUCCGCACCAUGGGGGAUGGAAGUCAUAUCGCCAAUUCUAAGGUUUCAAAAGAAUUCAGCCUGGAGGCAGCACGUUCAAACUCUGUGGAGCUUCCUUGUUUCCGACUACAGAGUCUCGGCCAAUGCGAAAUGCAGCACCCAUGUUCACGUAUCUAAGGCGGAAGGGUACACAGCUGAGCAAUUAAAGAAGCUAGCACAAGCUGUCAUUCAUUUUGAACCCGCCUUUGAGGCUCUCGUGCCUCCCGAAAGAAGGAAAAACGAGUAUGCCCGCAGCAACUGGAUCGACAACAAGAACUUUGGCUACCAGAGGCUUUCCAGACAGGAAUCCAUCACGGUCCUCGAAAGAUGCACCACUGUCAGGGAAAUCGUUGACCUCAUGAACCCAGAUGGCUCAAAGUACUAUGGUUGGAACUUCCAGGCUAUACAGAAGUAUAGCACCGUGGAAUUCCGACGUGGCGCAGCUAGUACAUCAGUGAACGAUGUAUUCUCAUGGGUCGAGCUUGCAUUUAUUGAACUGGGAGUUGUUGAAGGUCCUGGAUUGAACGACAAACGGUACUUUAAUAGACUGUUGGUCAAAAGAGGUCUCGACAAGAGCCCCAAUGCAAGGCUGGAUCCCGAUCCUGUUGGAGAGCUCACGCCGGACAAGCUCAAAAAGCUGAAUCAAAAGAUCAGGCUUGACCAGCAGAUGAACCCCAUGUUGAACAACUUGGAAGUCGCCAUGCAGACCGGCCCAAUUGGUUGA